CUGGUUAAGAUAAAAGACUGCAGUUUAGUUUGACUUCGCUGCUGCUGCUACUGCUUUGCUAGAUUUGUGUAGCGACACCUAGUGACGACCCUAGGAGGUUUUAGUGACUUCGCGUUGAAGGAGGAGGGGUCCCAAUUCAUCUGCCCCGGCGCCGAGUACAUACCGGGGAACAUCCGCUCGUCUGCACUUUGCCAAUCUACUGCUGGAUGAAGGCCUCACCGCGACAGGCACGGUGUGGGUGUUGUUUGACCAUACUUCACCACGCUGCUGCUAGGAGACUACUGAGGACUCAUUGAGCCGUACCAGAGGUGCUCGGCCCAGCCCGGGGAAUGGGGGCGAAGGGCGAGCCCCGGCGGCCAUGCUGGUACUGGGACAAGCGCGACCUUGUGCGGACACCAUCCAUGCAGGAGGGCAUGGACGCUGUCACGGAGUCGCGCUACCGCCGCGAGGGUGCUCGCUUCAUCUUCGACGUGGGCACGAGGCUCGGGCUGCACUACGACACACUCGCUACCGGCAUGGUCUACUUCCACCGCUUCUACAUGUUCCACUCGUUCAAGCAGUUCCCACGAUACGUGACGGGCGCCUGCUGCCUCUUCCUGGCCGGCAAGGUAGAGGAGACGCCAAAGAAGUGCAAGGACAUCAUCAAGACGGCGCGCAGCCUACUCAACGAUGUGCAGUUCGCACAGUUUGGAGACGACCCCAAGGAGGAGGUGAUGGUGCUAGAGAGGAUUCUCCUGCAGACCAUCAAGUUUGACCUUCAGCUGGAGCACCCCUACCACUUCCUCCUAAAAUACGCCAAGCAGCUCAAGGGAGACAAGAGCAAGCUGCAGAAGCUGGUGCAGAUGGCCUGGACGUUUGUCAAUGACAGCCUGUGCACGAUGCUGUGCCUCCAAUGGGAGCCCGAGAUUAUCGGUGUGGCGGUGAUGUACCUGGCCGGCCGCCUCUGCAAGUUUGAGAUCCAGGAGUGGACGUCGAGGCCGGCACACCGCCGCUGGUGGGAGCAGUUCGUGCAGGACGUGCCCGUCGAGCUGCUGGAGGACAUCUGCCACCAGGUGCUGGACCUCUACUCACACUCGCCGCAGUCGCAGCAGCAGCUGCAGCAGCCCCCGUCGCAAUCGCAGGCGAUCGGGCUGGCACACACGCAGGCCUCAUUUCAGGCUCAGGCCGUACAGCAGUUGUCCAUGCAGCAGCAGCAACAGCAGCAGCUGCCUGGGGAGGCCCCGGUCGUCAGCAUGCAAGCUGGACAAGCCAUUGCGCAGUUGCAGCAGGCGGCGCAACAGCUCGUCGCGGCACAGCAGCUUGUGGCGCAGCAGCAGCAGCAGCAACAGCAGCAGCAACAGCAGCAGGCGCAACCGUCGCUGCCGCAAACACCAAAAAAACCAUCACCUCCCUCGAGCUCUCCCCGGCCCCUUAAGCGCCCCUUGCAGGCGUCUCCGGCAAGAGAGGAAAAAGUUGUCGAACCCCCACAUACAAAAAUACCAAAGCAAGACCCUUCUCCAGUCCACACUGCCGGGCCUCCCAUCACAGAGCGGCGCACAUCGGCCAACACGUCCGUAGUGUCCAUGGACCUGGACUCGGGCGUGGGGAACGGCAACGACAUCGCCAAGGGCCCUGCACUGCCCCCCUUCCCCCCACAGCCCCCUCCUGCCCGGCCCCCACCCCCACCGCACCCCUACGCCCCCCCGGGCAGCGGCUCCUACUUGAGCGCCAGCGACGGCUACCAGAGCGGAAUGGCGGCGGAAGCCGGCGGGGCCGGGGGCUACGCGUCCGCCCCGCAUUCUUAUCCGCCCCCCGGUCACAUGAGCUACCCGCCCCCUCUCCCGCCACACAGUUACCCCCCUCCGCCCACCUCCUACCCGCCGCCACCGCCCCCCACCAGCCUGCCGCCCCCGCCGCCGUCCGCCUACCCCCCGCACACGUACGGCACGAGCGCGGGAUACGCCUUGCCUCCCCCACUGCCCCACCACCACCAUAUACCGCCCAACCCGGGUGGGGGUGCCGGCGUGGGUCCCCCGCCACCGCCUCCACACCACGUGCUCCCCCACCCGCCCCCCCUGCCCCCCGUGCCCCCGCAGGCUGGGUACCACCACCAGCCGCCGCCCCCCCUGCCGCCUCACCCUCCGCCCCCUCCCUCGCCUGGCGGAGGGCCACCCCCGCACCACGGCCCACCUCCGCCCCACCCGCACCACCCUGGGGGGCCACCGGGUCAACCCCCCACGGCGGCGAUGCCCCAGGUGCGCAUCACCUGCAUGCAAGAGGCGAGAGGUCGCAACGCGUGGAAGAGGUGAUGGUGGCGCCAGAGCCUUUGCUUUGGCGCAUUGACAAGGAUUUUAUUUUUGCACCAAUAACUACAUUAUGUUAAAUCCAGCGCUGUCAGUACGUUAAUUAAGAACCAUGCGCAAACGCGAAUGUAACCGUCGUAGCAUCUGGACAGUUGAACAACAGAUCUGAGCAGGUUUAUGGGGAUUAGAGGUGGCGUCUUCCUGUAUGUGGUUGCUCGGGAGGUCAAGUGGUGAUUGUUUGGCAGAGUUGCCCGUUGUCCUUGAACUUCCAUGAGUUCUAUAUAGAAUUCUAGGUUGGUGGCAUGUACGGGAACAUAAGUGGCUUGUGUUGCGAAUAAUUUGUUUGGAAUCGCACCACCUUCGUGGUGAAGGAUGCUUGAGAUCGAUCAUGUGUAAUGCGUUUUACAAACCAGAUGCUGACUGGCUGCGAUGGUGCGUUGCUUGUAAUUUGGGUUGAUGAGAAGGGCAGUCGUCAACAUUGCCUUAUUAUCGCCUGUGCCCAUGGUCUUCUGCCCAGUACACUAUUUAAAGCUUGCUGUUUUUAUUUUAUAAACUACUGUGUACUGCAAAAUGACUUGAUCCGGAGGUGUGAAUGUCAUCCUCAAUGCAGCGAUAACAAUUAUAUUUUGACAUUUGAAAUAAAAAUUGAACAUGCUU